GAGGAGGCGGAGGAGGCGCUGCGGGCGGAGGCGGAGGAGCUGCACGUGGUGGCGGUGCUGGCCAAGGCGGAGCGCAACGAGGCGCUGCGGGAGAAGGCGGCGGCGGCGCUGCGCUCCCUGGUGCGCUUCGGCAAGCUGGGCCCGCGGGAGGCGCUGGCGCUGCACCUGCUCUGCGACGGGCCCAGCAGAGGCGCCGCCCGGCAGCUGCUUCAGCAGGCGCUGCGCCCCGCCGCCUUCAAGUACAAGGUGGUCUUCCACGACCUGGAGACGCUGGCCCAGAAGCUGCAGCCCACGGUGGAGGCUCUGCAGAAGCUCUUCAGUGCCGGGGCUGGCAGCUACUAUGGGGACUCGCUCUUCUUCCUCUCUGUCGCCAUGCACCAUAUCAUGCCCAGAGAGGUUUCACGGGUCAUACAGGUGGACCUGGAUGUGGAGUACCGAGCCAACAUCCGGGAACUGUUUCAGGAAUUUGACAACUUCCCAGAAGGAGCAGUUAUUGGCAUCGCCCAAGAAAUGCAGCCGGUCUAUCGGCACGUCUUCUGGCAGUAUCGGCAGGAGCAUCCCGGGACCAAGGUGGGAGAGCCUCCCCCGGAUGGGCUGCCCGGCUUCAACAGUGGCGUGCUGCUGCUGGACCUGGAGGCCAUGCGCCAGUCGGAGCGCUACAACCGUCUUCUGGAGCCGGCGGUGGUGCAGCAGCUGGCCAGCAAGUUCCACUUCAAGGGCCACCUGGGGGACCAGGACUUCUUCACCCUGGUGGGCAUGGAGCACCCGGAGCUCUUCUACGUCUUGGACUGCACCUGGAACCGCCAGCUCUGCACCUGGUGGCGUCACCACGGCUACAGCGACGUCUUUGAGCACUACUUCCGCUGCGACGGCCACGUCCGCAUCUACCAUGGGAACUGCAACACCCCCAUCCCGGCAGAAUAG